GUCUGCCCUAGAGAGCCGGAGUGCAAACCCGAGGUCUUGCUUGCAGCUGGGAGGUCCUGAAGCUUCACGACCUUGUAAUUCGCGCCCUUUGCUUCCGUUGCCCUGUUUUUUGGCUUCCUAGAAGAAGCAAAUCAAACUCUGCUUUCGGGAAAAUCAGUAAAGCAAAUCCAACUCCUAAAAAAUUUCUUGAAAUCGCGCCGUUAAAAGAAUCAACGCACCGAGCUACAGUUGAACCCCUUUAUAUUCCAGGAAAUGACAUUUUAGAGACGAACUUGAAAUUCCUUUCUUCACACUUGGUAGCGGGUCGUGAACAGAUUUAUUAUGAUCGGUUUUAAGAACCGCUCCGGAUCCAAGCUAUUCGUAAAAUAUGUGGAUUCACUACAAAGAGUUAUACUUAUUACCAAAAAAUGGGUAUGACCAAAGUAUUCUGCAUUUUUGAGAGUCCACUGCUCCUGACAAGAAUGAAGUAAGGAUUUCACAAAAGAAAUUGCAGCAAAGAUCCCUACUGCCAUAGCUAUAGGCUGUCAAGUCUUGAAGGAGCUGCAAGAAGGGGAAAAGAGACCUUCAGAGAAGACAUGGCGCCCAGAGAAGGGGAUACUAAGAGUACAAACAGGGUGCUAAGAAUAAGUCAGUUGGAUGCACUUGAACUAAACAAGGCCCUGGAGCAGCUAGUUUGGUCCCAGUUUGCUCAGUGCUUUCAUGGAUUUAAGCCAGGGCUGUUAGCUCGCUUUGAACCUGAAGUGAAAGCAUUGUUGUGGCUUUUCCUAUGGCGAUUCACUGUCUACUCGAAAAACGCCACUGUGGGACAAUCAGUUUUGAAUAUUCAGUACAGAAACGAUUUUUCCCCAAACCCAAGAUAUCAUCCACCAAGUAAAAAUCAGAAACUCUGGUAUGCUGCAUGUACCAUUGGUGGGAGGUGGCUAGAAGAACGAUGCUAUGAUUUGUUUAGAAAUCGCCAUGUAGCGUCAUUUGGGAAAUUCAAGCAAUGUAUGAAUUUCAUGUUUGGACUUUUGAAAUUAGGUGAGUUAGUUAAUGUUUUGAUUUUCCUUCAAAGAGGAAAGUUUGCAACUUUAACAGAACGUCUCCUAGGCAUUCAUUCUGUAUUUUGCAAGCCCCAAAAUAUCCGUGAAGUUGGCUUUGAGUAUAUGAAUAGGGAACUCCUCUGGCAUGGUUUUGCUGAGUUUCUGAUUUUUCUCUUACCACUUAUCAAUAUCCACAAAUUGAAAGCCAAAUUAUGUUCAUGGUGUAUCCCCCUUACUGGUUCCCCAAGUAGUGACAGUACAUUAUUAACCAGUGGCAAAGAAUGUUCUCUGUGUGGAGAGUGGCCCACCAUGCCUCAUACCAUCGGAUGUGAACACAUCUUCUGCUAUUACUGUGUGAAGAGUAGUUGCUUAUUUGACACGUACUUUACUUGUCCUAAAUGUGGCACAGAGGUACACAGUGUGCAGCCACUGAAAUCAGGAGUUGAGAUGUCAGAAGUGAAUACUCUAAACUAAAAUUGUUUCCUCUGAGGACAAAAUGUAUUUUCAAAUCCUCAAUAUGAAUCAUCCUUACAUUUAAAUGUCUUUGAUAAGUCAUGUGUGCUUCUCAGCCACUAUCUUCAGUUCCUUUCUAGGCAACAACUAAAUUCUGACCACUGGUAAACAUUAAAUAGAUUAUGUUAAUGUUUAGUUUUUUAAAAACACUGCAUUUCAUUUUUAAUUUAAAAAAUAAUGGAGUUUUCUGUAAGAUGACUAUUAAAAAUGUUCCUUAAUUUUGCUUCUUCAUAGGAAGCAUUUGGACUCUAAAGAUAAAGUAUUUUGGAGACUUUGUGAUGAGUGUGCCUUUAUUUUCAGAGAUGACAUGAUAUCAUAAUAUUAAAAUGUGACUGAUUAUGUUUUAAACCUUUAAACUUGGUGCCACGUGUGAUUUUAAGCUUUUCUGUGAAGCCAGUUUUCAAGAGGUUCGGUUUCUAGCUGUCAGACUCCUUCACAAUUGACUUCUUAUAUUGAGAAUGUAAAAGUUGCUUAAGACAGUUUAGAAGUGAGGCCUGAGGACCAAAAUGGACAGCAUAUUAGUAAUUCAUGAAAUAUGAGUGGUCUUUCACAUGGCAGUAAUAUAGGAAUACAUAUCAUGAUGCACAUCACUCGGUUUUUUCUACAUUUUUGCAACAAGUUCUUGCUUAGAGGAGAAACUGGGUAGUGUAUCUUACUUAGUAUGUAUAACAUCUAAAUUAUCUACCUAUUAUUUAGUCUUUGUAACGUUCCUUUUUUGUUGUUGCUUUUCUUGCUUAUAAGCUAUUUGAUAUACCACACACUAAUGGCAGGUAAUCAAUGGACUUAUGACUGACUAUGAGCCCCACGAGCUCAUUCCAGGAGCUCUGCCUCACUGCAGAUAGUCGAGCCUUCUGGUCAAGUUACUGUUAAAAUCCUAGAGACUAUUCUGUCCCUGCUGCUUUGGGCACUACCAGAAGACUCAGGGCUCAAUGUUCAGGAAUAUUGGGUCACGUUUAUAACUACAUGAUGGUUUUUCAUUUUAUCAAGAACCUAUCAAGAAUGUUUUUCCUUUGAAAAAUAAAAACUUUGCA